GCACACACAAAAGGUUAGUGUUACAGCAAGGUGCUACCAUAGCAACUGUAUCCUGAGAGACACAUACACAGUCAGGCAGGAGGGGAGAAAGAUCCUGACUUGAGCUUUUCCAUGGCAAUUCCUAGGGUUGGCUCUGCCACCUGGCAGAAUGCCUCAUAUCGCACAAUAAACUGGGCACAUCAGCUCAGACAACGGCCUUUAACUGCUGCCUGUUUAACAACAAAUGGUCAAAAGUAUAAGCAGGAAGAGCCGUUAAAGAGAGAAUAUGUACAAACACCUCCCCCUUUCCAUCGUGAUCUUGUCGCUGAGACAAGCAAUGUUCUUGCACGUGGAUAUAUGAGAGACACAAAACACUUAAUGGUGCAUCUAAGGCAAGUCUUGGGUGAGAUUGGUCGUAAUAUCCAGAGACUGCAGAGAAUGAGACACAGGCUAGAACAUACUCAUGCUAACAUCAGAAGAGAUAUCCUCACAAACAGAGAAACUAUCCAGUUACGGACAAUUAGACCUAAAAAGGAGAUGCAACCUGACAAGGUUGACACACUUCUAAAGGAAGAAAAAACUGGUCUGAUGGAUGUGAAACAGGGUUCAGAGCAGCAGCUGCAGGAAAUCUCAAGACAACUACAGGUUCUAUACCAUCACCGCCAGAUACUCUCAGAAUUUUGCAAGGAAAAGAGCCAAGUAUUAGAAAUUGUAAAUGAGACUGUCAGUCCCUGUGCCUUAGGACAAGCGACCACUGGAUUCAACAAGCUUCUAAGCCAACGGAAUGCAGAUUGCCUCAUUGAAAUUAACAAUGCCAUUGUGACAUGCGAAAUGCUUCAGAAAACACUACCUCAAAAAUGGAAUAAAGUCAUGGAAAUCCAGGGUCUAAAAGAAAGAGUGACUAGAGGACUUCACAUAAAGGCAGAUGAAAGCCUCAAGAUAAGGGAAGAUGUAAUAUUGGCAUUGGGGAAAACCAGAAAUUAUAUACAAAAACAGCAGAAACUUCAAAAUGAGAUAAAGACAAGCUACAUUUCACAACUGGGCCCAGUGUCUACACUGGAUCUUUCAGUACGAGAGCGCCUAGAUCGCCCACUGAUAAAAGUUCUACAAAGACAUCCAGGAACCCAGGUCCCUGAGAGCACCCUCAUCUUAAAGGGUACUGCUGUCCUGGAACAGGCUGUUGAAAAAUCUUGCAGAAAAAUUGAUUUUCAGGAACUUGCCCGCUCAAAACUAGAGGAAGAUGCUAAGAGCAAGCUGUUGGGAGAACGAAUUGACAAAACGGCUGUAAGAAUGCGCAAGCGAACCACCAGUGGCGGAAGAGAAAGACUGUGCUUCUGAGUUAAAAUGCAGGGAGCAAGUGCUAUUAAUAAAUAGAGAAUGAGUGAA